UUCAUACUUUGUGCAGUUUGAUGAGUCAUUCUAGUUACCCACCGUGUGUCAUACAAUAUGACUUCCGAGAUUUAAGAAAAUUUAAGAAAUCAGCGUCGUUUUAUAGGGUCACGGGCUGAACGUCACACUCCCGUUUCUUUCACAGUUACCUUGCUGAUUUUGUUGCCAACUUUCAUUUGUUUCAAAUCUGGAAAUGGCCGAUGAAAUGCUCAGAAGCAGGUUUACAGAAAUGGUCGCGAAUAAUUCCCGAAUACAACUGUCGUACGAAUGGGAACUCGACAACAUCGAAGAAAACAGAUCGUAUUCCUCUAAAAUGAUUUUAUUUCGAGGCCAGAAAGUAUUCCGUGUUGGUUUGAAGAACCUCAACACCAAACCCACUUUGUUUUUCGUGGCUUUCAACCUCAACAAAAUGGCAAUGCAAGUAGCAGACGUGCAGCAUUACACCCAAGGUGUUAACACAUUGAAAUUGAUGGUGAACGAAAACGGUGGUAAGGACGGAACUCUACAGUUAUUCAUCAGCCGUCUGUCUACGCCCGUCGUCGGAAGGUGCACAAUUGUUUUUCGGAUCAACAUCGAAGGAUCGUCAGAGUCUUCCUAUUCUUACCGUCAGCGUGAUUGUCUGAUGAAGAAACAACUCUGGGCAGCAGUUGUUCAAAAUCAAAAUUGGUCUGAUGUUGAAGUGGUGGCGAACGGAAAAACAUUUUCCGCCCAUAAAGCUGUUCUCGCUGCUCAAAGUUCAGUAUUUGCAGACGAAUUUAUGAAAGAACAACCAAGAAAACAAGUUCGUUGGAUUGUAAUCGAUGAUGUGAAUGCAUCAAGUGUUGAGCAGUUUCUUUAUUUCAUUUACACUGGCGAGUCGAUUACUCCAAUGCUGGACAAUAAAGAGCUGUUCAAAUUGGCUGAACGCUAUCGAAUAGUGCAUCUCGCGAUAGUGUGUGAGAGUGCUUUAAAGAAAAUCGAUACCGUGCAGAUGGCCAAUUUUGUGUCGGGCCUUCAUUCUGAAAAUGUUGCCUCGUUUUCUUUCGAAAUCAGGCCGGACAAAGAUACUGAAAUUUUCUUCGAUCGGAGCUCGUCUAAUUUUCAAUGUCGUUGGAGUUUAGAUGGAAUAGCAACUCAUUCACCGACAGCCAUGAACGAAUAUCAACACGAGGACUUGUUUUUCGCCCAUUUAACGGGACCGGUUGUCACAAAAAAAGCUUUGGGAAUUAUUACAGUCAUAAUAUUGAAGUAAGAACGACCGUUGAUUCAUCUAAUAUGUGCCAAACCUCGAAAUUUUGGCUUUAAAAUUGAUGAAGUGAAAUACUGCAUUCAACCCAGAUGGGAUAAACAUGACGAAUUUCCUAUUAACAACUGGAAAAUGGAGCCGAGAUCUCAAUCUGAUGCCGAAACGCUAUUAUUUACAGCGAAACUUGAUUUUGUUUUACAUUAUAGCAUCAAAGAUGAAUGCGUUUUCAAAAUUCAAUUACUAAGCACCAUAGAAAACUAUAGCUACGAGAUGAUGGAUGCCGGCUGGGCGGGACAGCUCUGGGACGCAGCCAUUGCUCAGAAAUUUACCGACGUUGAAGUGUUUUGCGGAUCCGUCAAGAUCAUGGAAGCCCACCGAGUUGUGCUUUCCGCUCGGAUCUCUGUCAUGGAUGCUAUGUUAACGAAGAUCAACAACACAGGAAAAUCUACCAUCUGCAUAAGUUGUAAUUCUGUUGUUGAAACUUGCAUUAUUAAGCACUUUCUGCAAUUUCUCUAUACCGGGUCGUUGGAGAUAUCCGCCAGCAAUGAAAAGCUUCUCGAACUGGCCGAAAUGUACGAAGUUGAGACGUUGAAACAAAUUUGCCAAUUGGCGAAUCGCAUUCCGGACGAGGAUGCAUUCACUACCUCUCUCAUUGCGUUAUAAUUUCAAAUAGACUACUUUAUUCUUCACUGUGCAUGAUUUUGUUUAUUGUUUGUUUAGUUUGAAAUUCAGUUGGUUACACGAAAACAUUUA